AUGCAACGUGUGCAAAACGCUGCUGCCAGCUUCGUCACUAAUCGUUAUUGUUCAGGAAAAGAUGUCUUACAGCUUGGAUGGCUUCCAACCUUGGAGAGAACUCAAUUAAACCUCCUCAAGCAUACUCACCGAGCAAUCUACAACAAGGACUCUUGUCCUGAGUACUUAACCCUGGAAGUAUAUAACCCUGGAAGAACGCUACGCUCUAAUGCAGCACCACGAUUGUCGAUUCCAUUAAUAAAAGGAACUUUCCAGGAGACAACAGCGAACUUAUUCAAUGAUCUUCCCCCAGAAGUACGAUCAUGUGCAGACUUAAACGUAUUCAUGAGGGAAGUGAAACAAUUACUGAAAUCCAGAGCAUUCCUACGCCUUGAAUAG